CAAUUAUCUAUCUAUCCAAAGGCGGAUCUAUGUUGAUCGUUUGAAAUGUUUGAGUUGGAGGUAGAGGCAGGCAAUUAAUGGGAGCAUUAAAUGAAACAAUGCUGUUGUAUAUGAGUUAGCGCACCUCUUUAUUUCCACCAUCCCCCAUCUUAUUUCCCCCCUAAAAAUGUUUUUUUUUUUUUUUUUUUUUUUUUUUUUUUUUUUUUAUUGGAAAGAUUUUCUUAAAAAUAUUUAAUUUAAUUUAUUCUGUGUAAAAUAAAGAGGUCCCCAAUUUCUUCCUCCAGCAAAAACCAGCUAAUUUUGCUGAAACUUCAGCUGACCCCACUUUCAGUGUUUACUCUACUGCUGCAAAAACCAAAAACCCCUCUUCAUUUCUUGUUCUUCAAUUUUUAGAACACUUUAAUUUGUGAAAUUACCUUAUAUUCAAUUCAUUUUUCUUUCAGAAAUCUUCCCUUUUAAUGCUUUGGGUACCAACUAAUUUCUCUUGUUUUACUACUUUUGGCAUUUUUCUUGUGAUUUUACCAGUUUUUGGGCAGGAAUGAGAGGAGGGGUCUUCACUUACUUCAUCAAGCUUCAGUUUUUCAGCUCAGUUCUUGUAUUAUUCUAUGCCACUGAAUUGUAUUGUACCCCAUUGAGUUAUUUCGGAGAUCCUGCCCCGGAUGGCGGAGACUUCUUACCUAUGUCGCCAUUUGGGGCUCCUCAGCCCCUUCUUCCUUUUCUGGCACCUUCACCUUUGACUCCAUUUACAAAUAGUACAGUGCCCAAAUUAUCAGGAGCAUGUCCUUUUAACUUCACUGCUGCUGAAAGUAUGAUGGGAAUUACAGCCACUGAUUGCUUUACUGCGUUUGCUCCAUAUUUGGCUAAUGUAGUAUGUUGCCCGCAAUUACAUGCCACCUUAGUUAUUCUUAUGGGUCAGUCCAGUAAGAAGACCAAGUUGCUUGCCCUGAAUGAGACACAUUCUAAGCAGUGCCUAUCUGACGUUAAUCAAGUAUUGGUGAGCCAGGGUGCAAAUAACGAUCUUCAGCAGAUAUGCAAAAUUCGAGAAUCCAAUCUCACUGAAGGCUCUUGUCCUGUCAAGGAUGUCAGUGAAUUUGAGAAAUCAGUGGACACUUCCAAGCUUCUGGCAUCUUGUCAAAAGAUUGAUCUUGUCAAAGAAUGUUGCUCCCAAACUUGUCAGAAUGCUUUAUCAGAAGCUGCUAGAAAUCUCAGCUCGAAGCUUGGUGAUCUUAAUGAUGUCCCUCAGCUUUCAGAUAUUGAUGAUGAUUGUCAAAGUAUUGUUUUGCGGUGGCUGGCUAGUAAACUCAAUCCUUCCCGUGCAAAAGAAGUUAUAAGAGGGUUGUCAAAUUGCCAUAUCAACAAAGUGUGUCCUUUAACUUUCCCUGACACAAGACAUGUUGCAAAGAAGUGUGCGAAUGUAAUAAGCAACCAAACUGCAUGUUGUAGUGCCAUAGAAAGCUAUGUGAGUCACUUGCAGAAUCAGAGUUUUGUCACCAACUUGCAAGCACUCAAUUGUGCUGCUGCGCUUGGAUUGAAGUUGCAAAGAGAAAAUGUUACUACUAAUGUGUACGAUCUUUGUCAUGUGAGCCUCAAGCAAUUCUCUGUACAAGCUGGAACACAAGAAUCUGGAUGUCUUCUGCAGAGCUUGCCUUCCGAUGUUACAUUUGAUAAGACAUCAGGGAUAACCUUCCUCUGUGAUCUGAAUGAUAACAUUCCGGCUCCUUGGCCCUCCGCACUUCAGUUGCCAGCUUCUUCGUGCAAUAAAACUUUAAACAUUCCUGCUCUUCCAGCAGCAGCUUCUGGUGAAACUGGUCUGCAUAGCAAGCAUCAUAGGAAUUACUUGCUCAUGGUCUUCUCAUUGAUUAUGAUUCUAUAUUGAGCUGGACUAUUAACUCCAAACAAAAGGGUUGUUGCUUGUACAUGGAAGAAAAGCAGGGAUAUAAAAUUUGAGGGAAUUAUGGUUCAACUGGGACGGAGCAAGUUAAUUAUACGCGAUGUUCUAUCAAAUAUCCUCGAGUACCCAGAGGCCAGAGCUACUUAGAGGUUAAUUCAAUUUAUUUCUCAUUGUAGUGAUAGUGAAAUUUCUUCCAAAGAUUUUGUAUAGGAAGUCGAGAAUACAUGAAAAUAUUUGCAUUGUAAAACAAUCAUAAUACUCCUAUUGGAUACUGUAACUCACCUGUAAAUUUAGCAAGCGAGUAAUCUACGAUAUCUUUAUUCGGCCAUGUUAACUCUAA